AAUUACCUAUCACACAUAAAAUAACAACCCCAUUACAAAAAAAAGAAAACACUAAAAUAAACCAAAAACCUAAUUCUUUCAUUACUACUCUUUGGAAUCUUGAUCAAGGCCGGUAAUGUAUAUCUGGAAGAGGGCUGCCGGAGCCCUCAAAGACCAGAAAAGCAUACUGGUGGCCACCUUUUCACGGCGGACAUCUUACCGGAACCCUGAUCUUGAAUUUGCAAUCAUAAAAGCUACAAAUCAUAAUGAAAGUUACGUAGAUUACAAGAAUGCUCAAAGAGUAUUUGCAUGGAUACGUACUUCUCCGGUCAGCUUGAAGCCGUUAAUACGGGUUUUAACGGCGCGUGUGGAGAAGACGCAGGAUUGGGUUGUUGCAUUGAAGAGCUUAAUGUUAUUGCAUGGUGUUUUCUGCUGCAAGACUCAAGCCGUAUUAAGAAUCGGAAGAUUACCGUUUGAUCUUUCAAAUUUUACGGAUGGACAUUCGAAACCUAGCAAAUUGUGGGGUUUUAAUGCGUUUAUUCGCGCUUAUUAUGCGUAUUUAGAUCAAAGAUCUUCGCUUUUAUACGAGCAGCGUCGACAAAUGGUAGCGGAAGAUAGUAAUCCGAUGGUACAAGAGCUUUUAAGGCUUGAAAACUGGCAAUCUUUGCUUGAUAUGUUGCUUCAGAUUAAGCCAUUGGCGAAUAACAUGCGAGAAAGCUUGAUUCUUGAAGCGAUGGAUUGUGUUAUUAUUGAAAUAUUUGAUGUUUAUAGCAGAAUUUGUAAUGGGGUUGCUAGGGUUUUAAUUGGAAUUUAUUCAGCUGGAAAAUUUGAAGCUACCUUGGCGCUUAAGGUACUUCAAAAGGCGAUAAUUCAAGGCGAAGAUCUUGCUUCAUUUUUUGAGUUCUGUAGGGAAUUCGGUGUUUUUAAUGCAAUGGAAGUACCUAAAGUCACAAAAAUUCCUGAAGAAGAUCUCAAAGACCUCGAACGUAUCAUCAAUGGCGUUUCCGAAAGAAACGAUAAUGACGACGAUGAUAAUAAUCAUAGGAACGGUGAUAACAAAAUUGUUGAAAUUGACAAAGAGAUAGAUGAAAUCGACAAAUUGAAGACGGUAAUUACGGACAAAUGGGAGGUAUUUGAUGAAGAAAUGAAGUUCGUUAACCAAGGGACCAUUGUUGCUUUAGGGAAAGAAAAUCCUUUUGAGAUCACUCAUUCUUCAAAAUAUUUACCACUCAUUCCUGUUGAGGAGCCUGUUAAUUAUAAACAACAAGAAAUUCCAGAUUUUAUUAGUUUCUAUUAGUUGCCAUAUGUUUAUCAGUUUGUCUCUUUGUCCAGCUGAAUCAAUGGAUAACAUUUUUGUUA